AUGAGCGCGCUGCUCCGGAAGUUGUUCGCCACGGUAGGAGGUAGUGUUGUUGGUGGUGCGCCCAUGAAAAUGGUGCUGGUAGUGCGGUCCGAUUUAGGGCUGAAGAAGGGCAAGAUAGCGUCGCAGUGUGCACACGCGGCCGUACUGUGCUGCAUGCGGGCAGCGUCGGCGGGUGGCGAUGCUGCGGGUAGGGGCAAGAUGCUGGACGCGUGGUUGCGGCAGGGCCAGCCAAAGAUAGUGCUUAGGGUAGAUAGUUUGCAGGAGCUGCAUUUGCUGACGGAGCGGGCCGAGUCGAGCGGGGUUAUUGCGGAGAUUGUGCGGGACGCCGGCCGGACACAGGUAGCGAGCGGAACGGAGACCGUACUGGGGCUGGGGCCGGAUCGUACCGAAGCGAUAGAUUCGUUGGUCGGGCAUUUGAAGUUACUGUAGUGGACGUGUGUGCUGGUUCUUAAAUGAUGUGUUCAUUAAGUAGAUCGAUUUAUUGUUGAAUUUGAAA